CUUAACAACGUUGUAAACAAAGCAAACGGAGAAAAUAACAAUGAUAUCUGUAUGUCGGUGUCGCACGUUUGGUGAUAAGAACAAGCGCUAGAAGCGCAACACUUUGUUUAGUGUAGUGUAGUAGCUGCUGCUUGGGCACACGAUGAACGUGAUAAAGAAACGUAUCAAGAUUGCUGUCGCAGCAUCUGCAGCAUUAUUAAUGCUAGUCUAUUUGUAUAAAACACUGAUGACUUCGCCAACUGUGUUGAUAGCGGCCAAUUCAGUGGAGGAGCAGCGUCAUUGGCCACCCACCGAACAUGCCGAGCAACGAAAACUACAAAAUGCCUAUGAAGCACAAACAGCGCUGCUGCACCAACAAAGGCAGGAGAUGUUACGUACCAAAGAGCAGCUGGCACAGCUGGAGGAGCAAGUGCGUUCGCUGCAAGCUAGCACGCCACGGAAAUAUCCGAAAGUGAAGUAUCUCAACUAUAAGAAUCGCAAGCGCAUCUUGAUUACCGGUGGCGCCGGCUUUGUGGGUUCGCAUCUUGUGGACUAUCUUAUGAUACAAGGACAUGAGGUUAUUGUGGUCGAUAAUUUUUUUACGGGCCGCAAACGUAACGUGGCACACUGGCUGGGACAUGAGAACUUUGAGCUUAUACAUCAUGACAUAGUAAAUCCACUUUUUAUAGAGAUAGACGAAAUCUAUCAUUUAGCCUCACCCGCAUCGCCGCCGCACUACAUGUACAAUCCCGUCAAGACAAUAAAAACCAACACAAUGGGCACGAUCAAUGUGUUGGGUUUGGCCAAGCGUGUCAUGGCCAAAGUGUUGAUUGCCAGCACCUCAGAGGUGUACGGGGAUCCCACCGUGCAUCCACAGCCGGAAACGUAUUGGGGCCAUGUCAAUCCAAUUGGACCACGCGCCUGCUACGAUGAAGGCAAGCGAGUAUCCGAAACGCUUAGCUAUGCAUAUGCCAAACAGGAAAAGGUGCAGGUGCGUGUGGCACGAAUCUUCAACACGUAUGGACCACGUAUGCAUAUGAACGAUGGCCGUGUGGUGUCCAAUUUCAUACUCCAAGCGUUGCGGAAUGAAACCAUCACCGUCUAUGGCAAUGGCAAACAGACGCGUUCGUUUCAAUACGUUUCUGAUUUGGUGGAUGGCAUGAUAGCAUUAAUGGCCUCUAACUACACGCAGCCAGUGAAUCUGGGAAAUCCUGUGGAGCAGACAAUUGAAGAGUUUGCGCAUAUUAUAAAACAGCUAGUGGGCGGUGUGAGUGAGGUAAAGAAAAUUAAGGCCAUGGAGGAUGAUCCCCAACGACGCAAGCCAGACAUAACACGGGCCAAGCGUAUUCUCAACUGGGAGCCAAAGGUGCCGCUUGAAACGGGUCUGCUAAAGACUAUAUCCUAUUUCCGCAAUGAGCUAGCACGCAGCGAUCGCUUUCAGGAAAAUUCACGGAAAUACUUUGAAUCACCGGACAUGGAGCGUCAGCUAACGUAAGAUCUAAAAUUCGAGUGUGCCUAUUAUAUGGAUAAACAAACUCUAGUCUGCAAAUUGUAAAUAUGACCAACGAUAGCGCUAAUUGUGCUACAAGCUAGGCAUGUACUAUACUAUACUUUACAUAUAUUAUCUAGGCUAAAUACUAUUUUGUUGUAAUUAUGCGCACACAAUUAGGUAAUUUGUUUUAUCUUCAAAGAUUGUGCAGCUUAUAGCCAACAUUGCAAUCUGCAAAUACUAAUUUAGUUGUGUAGUCUGUAUACCCUAUGAUAUUAAACUAUAGGGAAUGUAGCUUAUCUAUAAUUUUUUCAAUGUUCUUACAGGAUUUCCUAGGUAAAGAAACGUGUGCUAGGCGCAUGAACUUGUGGAACAUUUUACGAAUGAUUUAUUUUUGCUUGAAAUCUCACAAAGUUUGUUCAACUGCUUAGCAAAUAGUGAAGGCAGCAUAUUUUCUAGAAUAUGGAUUCGAAAG